AUGUUUCAGUGGGAUUUUGGCAGCAUUAUCGGACCAUACAUCGUCGUUGGUCACGAAAUGGGUCACAACUUCAAUUUUCCUCAUUCGUACGACACCAAACGGUGCUAUUGUUAUUCACCGAAAGGAUGCAUGAUGCAAUAUUAUCCAAGUCCAAAGAUCGUUGGCUUCACGAAUUGCAGUCUCAACGCUUUGAAAAGUAUCAACGACAGGUGUUUAUACAAUGUGCCAACCAAGGCAAUCAAUUCUUACUGUGGUAAUGGCAUACGUGAAGGCGACGAAGAGUGCGAUUGUGGAACACCAGAGAUGUGUAGAGAAAAAGAUUCUUGUUGCCUGCCACAUGAUUGCCGACUGAAAACCUCAGCUACGUGCAGUGACCUUCAUCACUCCUGUUGUAAAGAUUGUCAGUUCAAGAAACAAGGCACACUAUGCAGAGCUGUCAAAACAGACUGUGAUGUUCCUGAAUACUUUCGAUCUCAUGACAAAUGCGAUCAAAAAUACCAGGAAUUUCGACUGGACGCUAACGGAGUCCUAUGGCAUGAGUGUAGUCAACGUCGUGUUUGUCCAGAGAGUGAAACACCAUCCAACAGCGAUAGACUGGUGAUCAGUAGCACGUGCAAGGACGAUAAUUCCAAGUUUGUGAGAACACCAGGAAACUCCUUAAAACAUGUCAAGAGCGGCAAGUGUAUCCAUCCAAGAGGGGGCAGGCCUGGUGAUGGUCGUAAACUUGUACUCUACGAUGGAUGUGACGUAACUCGGCUUGAAAUAUGGUUUAUCAAACCUGAUUGUAUUCGUCCGCUUGGUAUUCAAGACGGAACAAUAAGCGACAGUCAGAUUACCGCUACGUCUUACAGAUCAAACGACAAACCAUUCUACGCACGGCUGCAUAAUGGAAGCUACUGGUGUACUCGACACAAUGAUAAAAACCAACAUCUACAGAUCGAUCUUGGCAAGACGAUGAGGAUAACAAGAGUUGCAACUCAAGGGCGUGGCACCUGGUGGUAUGAUUGGGUGACGGGAUACUAUCUGUCCUACAGUCAAGAUGGUCAGCGGUGGACAGGAUACAGUGAAAGUGGUGAUAAGAAUCACUCAAAUUCGUACUGCUAUCUUGGAAAGUGCGCCGAAACACGUGACACUGAGUGCAGAGAUCUCUGGGGACCGGCCACUGAUAGUGCUUCUCAAGCAUGCUGGAAUACCCUUAACACAGAGGCUAAAGGUUAUGGAACCUGUGACGCGGCGUCCAACUCAACCUGUGCCAUAGAGGAUGUGUUUUGCGGUCAACUUCAAUGCUCAUCCCAAGCAAACAGGCCGGUAAUUGACUACGGACAAAGCUACAAGAAGAUUGUAAUGCAAGACUCCUCCAAAUGCAGUGGAGCUAUUCUUAAGCAGACAGACAAUGUCGGUCAGGGAAUGGUUAGGGAUGGUACGAAAUGCGGCGAUAAGAAGAUGUGCAUGAAGUCAAAAUGCAGGACUUUUCAAGAGUUAAAUAUCAAAUCCUGUCCAGUAAUCGACGGCUAUGAAUGCAGUGGAAGAGGGGUCUGCACAAGCUCUGGAGUGUGUCAUUGCUAUGGAGGAUACGACCCUAAAACUCACUGCAAAAAAGCUCUGCUUCCAAUCAAUGGUGGAUUCAGUGACUGGACRACGUGGAGUAAGUGCAGCGAAGCGUGUGGCACUGGAAAGCAGUAUCGCUAUCGCCGAUGUAGUAAUCCAUUUCCAAAGCAUGGUGGGAAUGAUUGCAAGGGAGAAAGAAAACAAAGUCAGCCGUGUAAUACUGACGCUUGCCUAAAGGCACAUUCGUGCCGUGAUCUCCAAGCCAUCACAAAAGCAAAGAAUCAAAUCUACUCCGACGGAGUAUACGCAAUCUACCCACAAGGCUUUUCGAAACCUCCCAUCCAAGCAUAUUGUGACAUGUCACGUGAUGGUGGAGGAUGGACUCUAUUGGUCACUAGUAAGACAAACACGUGGAAAAACACUACUAUUUUACUUAGGAACCAGGACUCCCKGUCCUUAUCAGCUGACUACUCGAUAUUGAAAUACGCUGAUUACAUCAAGGACGACAUCAAUGUUGCUGGCGAUAACGCUGAAUAUCGUCUGGAGGCGGAAACACGAGGUCAUUGGGGWGGAAUWUGGCAYUURCCUKGAAAAUACACGUURGUUUCCAAMACAAACAAACAAACUGAUGUCCGUCUGACYAAYAAAUURGAUGACUGGGACUAUCGUGACAGUGGAGUUGAAAAACGAAUGCCUUGGGUAAAGGAUGCAAGACUAACAACUUCAUCAUAUGCUUACUCAAACUGGUGGGGUACUAUAGCUGCCGACAGCACAGCUUACCAUCCAGCCCCAUGGAUGAAUGGUCACAUGACAGAGAAGAACCCUAACGUCAUUUGGUACUGGAUGCGUGAGGGUCCCCGSAUAUACCCAAGAUCUUGCAUGGAAGUGCUGACACGUAUGCAUAAGCAUAAACUUGGCAUCAAAAACGGUGUUUACACCAUCAAACCCCCUGGUAAACAACCAAUCAAGACGUACUGUGACCUGACAAGUCGUGGUGGUGGAUGGACUCUGUUGGUUACAAGCAAAACACACCAAGGAUGGACGCUUGACAAUAUCAUAUCUAGAAAUGUAAAACAGCCUUCCUUGAACGAUGAUUACUCUAUUCUUGGUGCUGCUGAUGCUAUCAAAAACUUCGACAAAUCUCAGGACUUUUUCCAGUAUCGCAUCGAAGCGGAUGGCGUUAACCAGUUCGGCGGCGUGYACGAUUAG